UGAAUAAACUAACAACCUAUUGCGAACCCGAGCACGUUCUUGACGCUUUUAUUUAGUUUCAGGCCAGGAGCGUAUUCAGAAACCUACACGGAAAACCAAUUCAGUAACCGUCGAGAUGGGGCAAAUUCUUGACGCUGAAGUGCACGCUCAUAUUGGGUACAGCGUCGCAGGGAGUGCGGAGUGCAUGUCAAACAAAUGAAGCUCAUACAAUGGAAAGCAUUCUAAUCAUUCCCGAACGCACUGAAGUGGAAUACGCCAAUGAAAAAUACUUGUAUAAUUUAUCAACAAGGGUCGUACGGUACGGAAGGAGAAGCGCCUACUACUACAAUCUAGUUGCUGGCCUUAGACAUACUUUUGGAAAUAAUAUCACGAUUAAUUUGCUAUUCUACGAAGGCCAGAACAACCAAUACAAACGCAGCCUAGUGGAGAUAAAACUGAAGUUAUGCGAUCUCUUCCAACGGGACCAAUACUUCGGGAAAAUGUUUAGCCAGAUUUUAAGGAAACAUGGAAAGUCCUGCCCUUUCCCACCGGGACUAUACGAGUUUUUGAACACAACGCUACCUUCGGAGAAAUUUCCGAAUAUCCUGCUCUUUGAGAAGGGAAAGAUCGAGUUGGUAUUUAACCAGCUGCCCACGCAGGACCUUGUUGCUAAGAUUUCUACCAUAUUUACUAUUAAGAGGUCUUAAGUUUGUAGACAGCUCUUAAGAAACAACAGCAACAAGCUGAUAAGAGAAUGUGUAUAAGUGAACAGGCAUCUUCUGGGCGAGCUCACUCCAUCGUAGGCCACGUCUUUGCCUUUGGCUAGUCUGUGGCCAAGAGUAAGCCCAUUUAUUAUAAAAAAAAGUGUAUCUUAAGAUGUGAAAAAAAUGUAAAAGGCACAUUGUAAUGGUUUGGAUACGUGAAAGGGAGGGAUGACUAAAAAGGCUGGCAAAGAUAAUGAGGAAGGAACAAAAAUAGCAGUUGAAAGGAGGCACAGCAGGAGGCACGGGGAAUUUCGCCGAUAAAAUCUGGGAAAUCCUAAAAAAAGACUAGUUCAGGUGCUCAUUAAACCGGCGGGCUUGUAUCUAUAAGGAAUUCAUUGAAAUUAAAAAGGCGAAAGAGGUCAAAGAGGUAUCUCAGGAUCGUAACAAGUGGAAAUCCGUGGUAUUCUUCCUUUCUGUGCGGGAAACAAGCGCAGGCCGGAAUACAUAUAAUAGCUGUUUUCUACGUACGAAAUAAAACUAUGGAAACGGAUUAAAUCGCGUAUAAUGAAUUUACAAUUCAUACUGACGUUU